AUGGACCUUCUGGAUAAGCAGCCAUUUGGCCCGAAUCCUUACUUUGUCUCAGCUCGAUUCAGGGGUUCGCAUCUUUUCUGCAUGCAGAAAUAUACUGGUCCAGAUGGCACAAGGAUACCCAGCAAGGACGGCAUUGAGGCCAAUGCCUACCAUAUCCGGCGGCUCUUCAUGCUCCACGGAUCAGCGGCUUCCCUCUUGGAUGCUUCACACACUCUAGAUCCUGAGUCCUUGAACAAGUGGCCCGAGUUACCUGCGAUGGAGCGUCUAGCCUCCAGUAUCGGCUCCGGUCUGUUACCUCAGCACCAGCCCGAUAUCAUACAGAGGGUUCGAUACAUUACGCUGGUAGCCAUGAAGAACCGUGUUAAAUAUAGCAACAUGAAUUGGUCCAACCCUUACCGUAUGCGAGGGUUCCGCCUAGAUAUGAGCGUAGACGCCCCCUUAUGGAACCUUCUCACCCGGCAAUUGAGCGCCAGAAAGUUAGGAUACGUCUUGGCAUACAUCCGUCCGUCCAGGAGAGGAGGCGACCUCGCUAUUGCAGCACUGUAUAAAAAGCCUGCAUUCGCUCCCUUCUUUCAGAUCAUUAACCCCAUCUUCUCUUGCUUCACAACUUCUACAACCACCACCACCACCACCACCGCAACAACAACUACUACUACUACCAUGAAGUUCCUGUCCUCUUCUGCGAUCCUCUCGCUUCUCCCUGAGCAGCCUGUUGAACCCGUUCAUGGCAAGCCCGAGCCUGUCAACUCCGUCCAUGGCGAGCCUGUCAACUCCGUCCAUGGCGAGCCUGGCAAGCCUGUCAAGCCCACCCAUGUCAAGUCCCACACCAAGCCCACCCACGUCAAGCCAAAGUCCCACCCCAAGCGCGAUCUGGAGGAGCGUGCUGAGCCUGUCAAUGGCAAGCCCGAGCCUGUCAAUGGCAAGCCUGAGCCUGUCAAUGGCAAGCCCGAGCCUGUCAAUGGCAAGCCUGAGCCUGUCAAUGGCAAGCCUGAGCCUGUUAAGCCCACCCAUGUCAAGCCCCACCCAAAGCCCACCCAUGUCAAGCCUCAUCUGAAGCCCAAUCCCAAGCGCUCUUUGAAGAAUGGUGCGGAUCCCGCCCGUGGCAAGCGUCACCCCAAGCCUAUCCACACCGAGCCUACUCACUCCAAGCCUGCUCACCCCAAGUCUACUCCCGCUAAGCCUGUUCAACUCUGAAUGAGAUACCGUAGACGAGCGACGCAGAGCAUAGAGAUGGAAUUUGAUUAGUAUACAGUAGAUGGAGGAUAAAUAAUGGUAUGACAGACCGUUGUUGUGCGC